CAGCACACUGUCACGUAUGUGAUUGCUUCCCACAGUUGGAGCGUCAGGGAGCUGGGAAGUUUACGUGGACUUCUGUUGUCAAGUUUAUGAGCUUAAUUAAUCGCUUUAACAUUUAAUCGAGCAGGAUGAGCGCGCAACAUAUGCUGAAAGUGUUCGUCACCAGACGCAUUCCGCAGGAGGGCAUGAAAAUACUCCAAGAAGCCGGCAUGUGUAAUCUGUCAGUUUGGGACUCUGAUGAGCCUGUUCCCCGGGCAGAGCUGCUGAAGGGAGUGGCAGGUGCUCAUGGGCUUCUCUGUUUGCUCUCAGACCACAUUGAUGCUGAGGUCCUGGAUGCAGCUGGACCCAACUUGAAAGUGAUCAGCACUCUUUCUGUGGGAUUUGACCACCUUGCCAUAGAUGAGAUUAAGAAAAGAGGAAUAAGAGUUGGCUACACUCCUGAUGUUCUGACAGAUGCUACUGCUGAGCUGACAGUGGCUCUGCUCUUGGCCACUGCUCGACGUCUUCCCGAGGGUGUAGAGGAGGUCAAGAAUGGUGGCUGGAGUACAUGGAAGCCCCUGUGGCUAUGCGGUUAUGGUCUGUCUGGCAGCACUGUUGGGGUUAUUGGAUUGGGACGCAUAGGUAGAGGAGCACUCAUGUUGAUAAGUUAUAUCCUUCAGAAAAGUUUGGCCAUUGCAAGGCGACUGAAGCCCUUUGGAGUGAAGAGAUUGCUGUACACAGGCAGACAGCCCAAACCUCAGGCCCAAGAGGUCCAUGGGGAAUAUGUGCCAUUAGAGACUCUGGUGAGUGAGAGUGAUUUUGUGGUGGUGUCCUGUUCUUUGACUCCUGACACUCAGGGAUUGUGCGACAAAGCCUUCUUUGGCAAAAUGAAGAAAUCUUCAAUCUUUAUCAACACCAGCAGAGGAGCAGUUGUGAAUCAAGAGGACUUGUUUGAUGCCCUCAAAAGUGGUCAGAUUGCAGCAGCAGGGCUUGAUGUCACAACCCCUGAACCUCUGCCCACCAACCACCCACUGCUGACCCUUAAAAACUGUGUGAUUCUCCCUCAUAUUGGUAGUGCCACCUACUCCACACGUGGUGUCAUGGCUGAAAUUUCUGCAAACAACCUGUUGGCAGGCUUGACAGGCACGGAAAUGCAGAGUGAGCUGAAGCUGUAGUGCACUGACCUGUGCCAUAUCUAAAAUUGUUCACCAAUUCAGUCACUAAAUUAAUGAACGAGAAAAGUCAGUACUGUAGACUAACCAUUAAAUGCAUUACAUUAACUGAGAUUUGAGAGGACAUGGUUUGUUAUGCCUAUUUCUUCAACUGUAAAGUCAUUCAACUAUAAUACUGCACUGUACACUCCAGAUGGCAUUUGUUUAAAUUGUGUUGAUAGCUAAAAGACAAUACAGAAUGAAUGAAUAACAAAAAGUAUUCAAUAUGUAAUAACAGAUUAAUUGAAAUUCCAGUAUUUUGGCAUCUCAUAGAGAAGCACGUUUUGUUGGUAGUAGUUAAGCCACAUUUCUUUAAACAGAAGAAUUUGAAUAAAACGUGAAUGUCUUAGUCGUUAAAUUGAUUUAAUAAAAAAUGUCAAAUGAUUAUAAAGUGAUAGUGUUCACAGAGUGUUUAGUUUACACUCUCAAUACAUUUGAAAUGUAUUAGAGGUUUAUAAGUGGGUACAACAAUGUAAAUUAAAUUACAAAGUAAAUGUUUAAGUUGUUGAAGGGAUAGUUUGCCCCCCCCCCAAAAUAAUUCUCAUCAUUUACUCACCCUCAUGCCAUCCCAGAUGUGUAUGACUUUCUUCAGCAGAACACAAAGAUUUUUAGAAAAAUAUCUUAGCUGUUGGUCCAUACACUGCAACUGAAUGGGUGCCAAAAUUUUGAAGCUCCAAAAAGCACAUAAAGGCAGCAUAAAAGUAAUCCGUAAGACUCCAGUUGUUAAGUCCAUGUCUUAUAAAUGAUAUGACAGGUGUGGGUGAGAUACAGAUAAAUAUUGAAGUCCUUUUGUAUUAUAAAUCUCCACUUUAAAACAGCCCCGUAAGUGCUUUUCUCCCCAAGAGUUCUUCUUUUGUUUUUGACAUUUCUCAUUCUUUGUGCAUAUCAUCACCCGCUGGGCAGGGAGGACAAUUUAUAGUAUAAAAAUAAAAAAGGACUUAAAUAUUGAUCUGUUUCUCACCCACACCCAUCAUAUUUAUUCUGUGGACAUGGAUAAAACCACUGGAGUCUUAUGGAUUUCUUUUAUGCCUUUAUGUGCUUCCUUGAGCUUCAAAGUUCUGGUCGCCAUUCACUUGCAUUGUGAGGAGCAACAGAUCUGAAAUAUUCUUCUAAAAAAAUCAUAAUUUGUGUUCUGCAGAAUAAAGAAAGUCAUGCACAUCUGAGACGACACGAGGGUAAGUAAAUAAUGAGAGAAAUUCAAUUUUUGGAUGAACUAUCCCUUUAAAGAUCUCUGCUCCAUCUCGGUGCAAGUAUAAUGGAAGUUUCUGUAAAUUAAAAAAAGCUAUUUUACUAUAAGGACGACAGCACAUUCAAUGGGCAUAACUGAUGAAAGAUUUAUUGCCUUAGACCAUCAUGAACAUUACAUUCUAGUUGACAACUUUUGAUUCAAAUGGAGAAUGGCCAGGGAAAAAAGGACAUUCAGAUGCAUCCAGUAAAAAAAUUAAAAUAAAUACAGGCUGACACAAUGUAACACCAUCUCUUCAUUCACUGGCGUGGUAAGUGGCUCUGUGCAGCAUCAUCAUACAGGCACUGCAUGCUCAUCUGUACAGGGAAUGUAUCUGUCCAUGGUGAAGUUUCAUAUGCUAUCCAG